AAUGGGAGGUCGUGUUGGCCAGGGGGCGGGCCGGAGGAGUUGGGCCGCGGAGGCAGUUGGAGGAGUGUGUGGCUUCUGCUGCCCAGCUGCUCCGGAGCUCCCGCCGCCGGUCCGUCCCGGUCCGGUCCCCGCGUCCCGCGUGCUGCAGGGCUGCCCCCUGAGCGGCAGCCAGGCCUGACGGAGGCGCCUGCCGGCACGCCGGGCUCGACGCUUCCCUUCGCCUGCACUUCUUCCUGCCGCAGCGCGGUGCCGGCUGGGCGGGCGGGAUGGCGGCCGCGGCCCGGGGGAGCGGCCGGGCGCCGACGCGAAGGCUGCUCGUGCUCUUGCUGCUUCAGUUGCUCUGGGCCCCGGCCGGGGUCCGCGCCGGCCCGGAGGAAGACCUGAGCCAUCGGAACCAGGAGCCGCCGGCGCCCGCCCAGCAGCUGCAGCCGCAGCCCGCGGCGGUGCAGGGCCUCGAGCCGGCCCGGGCCGAGAAAGGAUUGACACCAGUCGCCCCAGUUCAUACCAACAAAGAAGAUGCAGCUGCCCAGACGAAUCUGGGAUUUAUCCAUGCGUUUGUGGCUGCCAUAUCAGUCAUCAUAGUGUCCGAACUCGGCGACAAGACGUUUUUCAUAGCUGCCAUCAUGGCGAUGCGCUAUAACCGGCUGACUGUGCUGGCCGGGGCCAUGCUGGCCUUGGCCUUGAUGACAUGCUUGUCGGUUUUGUUUGGCUAUGCCACAACAGUCAUCCCCAGGGUGUAUACAUACUAUGUUUCAACUGCACUCUUCGCCAUUUUUGGCAUUAGAAUGCUUCGGGAAGGUUUGAAGAUGAGCCCAGAUGAGGGUCAGGAGGAGCUAGAAGAAGUCCAAGCAGAGUUAAAGAAGAAGGAUGAAGAAUUCCAACGAACCAAACUCUUAAAUGGGCCAGAUGUUGAAACUGGUACAAGCACAGCAAUACCUCAGAAAAAGUGGUUACAUUUUAUUUCACCCAUUUUUGUUCAAGCGCUCACAUUAACGUUCUUGGCAGAAUGGGGCGAUCGCUCUCAACUCACUACCAUUGUCCUGGCAGCUAGAGAGGACCCUUAUGGUGUAGCAGUGGGUGGCACAGUGGGACACUGCUUAUGUACUGGAUUGGCAGUAAUUGGAGGAAGGAUGAUAGCGCAAAAGAUCUCUGUCCGAACUGUGACAAUCAUCGGAGGCAUCGUAUUUUUGGCGUUUGCAUUUUCUGCCCUGUUUAUAAGUCCAGAGUCUGGUUUUUAACAAGCUGUUCUUCAGUAUUCAGCUUAAGAUAGGCAACUCUUUUCUGUACAUAGUGUACAUUACAACUAAAAGUAAUGGGAAACACUGUAUUUUGUAGCAUUGAUUUGUAAGUUUGACCCACUUAAUUAUUAUGCCCAAAAGAUAUAAUCAUUGAUUUUAUUUGUAAAGAUUUUUAAAAAGGUUUGACUCCUAAGUGUGGGUUCUCUCUAGCUUAAUUAUGUUGACACCUCAGCCUCCACUUCUGCUUGAUAUACGCGUCCACUGAAGUGAGGCUGACCAUUGAGUUUUCUUGUAGCAUGACCCCCUUAUAAACACGUUUUCUCCUUGGUCACUGGGGGUUUAAUGUAUACCUUAAGCAUUUCCUUGGGGAAAAGAAUGAAUGACUUCCACUUUUAAAACCAUAUUCCUGAGCCAGUAAUCAGCAAUUUUAUCUUGUCUUUGGGAAUUAGGAUUGUAUCAAUAACAAAUGAUAAGAGUUGCUGGCUAGGCCCAUUCUCCCUCUUAUUUUUUUUAAUUGGGUAGGACACCCAAUAUAAAAAUAGUCAAUAUUUGACAACAUGGACUUACCAAAUUAAAAGAGAAUACUAUGAAUGUAUUCAUAUUUUUCUAUAUUGAAUAAGCAUUGUAACAAACAAUGUAAAUAAAAGGUAUAACUAGU